AUGGCCGACGUAUCGAAAAUCUACACAGAAUCAACGGUGUUGGUUCUGGCUCAUGUUGUUUGCAUAGAGGCCGGCGAAAGUAAUAUCCAGGCUGCUGAAGCCCAUGCCUGUGGCCUCAAAAAUAUCAUUGAUGGGGUAGGCGGACUGGAUUCUUUGAGGUUUCAGACUCUCACCAACUUAUAUUGUUGCAACCUCAUGAUUGGAUUUGUUCAACAUCCGCCAAAACUUUUUGUCAUUUCUGAAAAGUGGGAGAAAAAGGUUCUUGUAGAAGCAUCCAAAUUGGAGGAUAUCUGUGCCAGUACAAAAACUUCAACACUAGGAUCACGCUUUUUCAAAUCUGCCUGGUGGAGUGAUCUUCAUCCGGUGCUCAAGACAACCAUCCGAUCGCUACGAAAACUUAUUCUUUCGCACGAGAACACCAUCAAGUCGGGCUCGAAGCCAUUUCCCACCAACGGCGAAUACCUGAUUCUUCUGGCUCAUCACCUAUUUUAUCUCUCAGGCGACACGUCCUUAUCACCCCUUGAAGAAACCCUUCGUCUUGCACUCUUGGUCUAUACCGGCUCACGGGUCUGGUCGUUUCAAGGCAUGGGAUGUUUGAAAACACUCGUGGGAACACUUGAAAAGUUUUUAAGGCCGAACAUUGGACUACUACGUGACAAGGACCCGCAAUUUCUGCUUUGGACUAUGUUUGUUGCCUCGGUUGCGUCCCACGGUGUAUCCGAUGGUUCCUGGUUGAUAGCGAACAUUGCAGACAUCGCAAAUGAAUCGUCAAUUACGGAUUGGAGAAUCGCACGCGAUACUCUAUCUGAAUACUUCUAUGUAUUUCGGAUGACGGAUGAGCCAGCAAAGGAUAUUUGGGAGACUGUACGCAAGCAAAGGAAAAUUCGAGAUAUGGUUUAA